AUGGGAAAACAAUUAAAUGAACUUGAGUUUGAUGAAUUUGAAAAACUUCUGGGCGAGAUUCCGAGUGCAACUUCCAGGAACCCCAACCUAAUCUCAGAAGAAUCUGGAAUUGCUAACCAAAGAACAACAACUAAUGGAAAGCUGGUUAACGGUCAUGGGAAUUUAGAUGUAGGAAAUGCAUCUUUGGAUAGAACUCAGAAAUCUGAUAUCAAUAUAAUACAACAAGAAGAACCAAAUCUCCCUGAUGAUCAGUCCUUAACCUCUGUGUUUGCAGAAUUUGGUUUCAGUGACAGGGAAAUUGCAGGCUCUGCAAGUCCUCUUAUCAACAAUGCAGUUUUUGGACUGAAUGGACAAUACACAAAUGGCUUCACGAGUUUUGCGUCAAAUAUGGACCCUCAUUUUUUAAUUAGUCCACCUAGAGCAGCAAGUAUUUCCCCUAUUGCUUUUGAUGGGUUUAAUGUGAAUGUCCAACCAAUGAAGAAGCAGCCAACUGACAAUUUCACUCAUGCUGUGCCAUUAGGUCAUGAUAUGCACGGAUUUCACCCAUCACCAAAUGUUCCUAUUCCUAGCAUAGAGUUUCCAGUCAUUCAAAAUCGGCAGCAACUCUAUGCAGAUGGUCUAUCUGGAUUAUCUUAUUUACAUCCACAACUCAAUCAACCUCAAGUAACAUGGAGACGCAUAGAAGAGGAACAAUAUUUCAGAAUGCAUCAACAUUUCAUGUAUCUGCAGCAACUUCGUAAUCAACAGUUGGAAGCUCAGCAUCCCAUUCAAGAAUGUGGAAACAUUGUACAGCUUAUGAACAGGAAUGCACGACACCUAUGUCAGGAGAAGCCAGUCUCUUAUCACCUAGAGGAAUGUAAGCAAGAGCCAUUGUUUAGCAAGACUAUGUAUCAUAAGAGCACGGAUCAUAUUCGUUCCACUAUUCCCUCAGCUAAUGUUCACUCAGGCAGAGUUUCUGAACAAGUGGGUAAACAUAAGUUCCCAGAAAAGAUUCUUACUAGGGCAAAUGGUUUAAAUUCUCUUAGGUCUGUCAAGUUUGGUUCCUUUGGAGGUGACGAGCCUAUUUUAAAUGUGAACCAUAAUGGAAGGGUUUUGCCAAAAGAAUAUAUCAAUCACAGUAUAUCGGCCCAGAAUUUUGAACUCCAAAUGGAAAACACAAGCUCAUGUGGUUUCUCAACUGGCACUUAUGACUUCAAAUUGAAUAGCACAAAGCCGCCACUUCAUAAAUACAACUCCUUGGAGGAAUUCGCGGGUAGAAUACAUCUUAUGGCAAAAGAUCAACAUGGGUGCAGGUUCUUACAGAGAAUAUUUACCGAGGGAAAUCAAGAAGAUGUAGAGAAAAUAUUCCGUGAAACAAUUGUACACAUUGUUGAGCUUAUGACCGAUCCUUUUGGAAAUUACCUUGUCCAGAAGCUUCUGGAAGUAUGUGAUGAGAAUCAACAGAUGCAGAUACUCCAUUCCAUCACAAGAAAACCCGGAGAUCUUGUUAGAAUUUCAUGCGACAUGCACGGGACUAGAGCUGUUCAGAAAAUUAUUGAAACACUCAAGACACAAGAACAAUUUUCAACUAUUGUUUCCGCACUGAAGCCAGGAAUAGUUACUAUAAUAAAAAAUAUGAACGGCAAUCAUGUUGCCCAACGAUGUCUGCAGUACUUAACGACUGAACAUAGUGAGUUCCUCUUUGAUGCAGCGACAGCUAAUUGUGUUGAACUAGCAACAGAUCGUCAUGGGUGUUGUGUGCUACAAAAAUGCUUAAACCAUUCUAAUGAUGCACAAAGACAUCGUUUGGUCCAGAAGAUCACAUCAAAUGCCCUUAUUCUCUCUCAAGAUCCAUUUGGAAAUUAUGUAGUGCAAUAUGUCUUUGAGAUUCAUGUUCCGUGGGCAGCUGCUGAAAUUCUUGACCAACUUGAAGGAAACUAUGCUGACUUGUCAAUUCAGAAGUAUAGUAGUAAUGUAGUUGAGAAAUGCCUUAAAUAUGCAGGCGAAGAAGGUCGACUUUCAAUUAUUCAAGAGCUUAUAGACAGUACUUGUAUAGAUCGAAUCAUGCAAGAUCCAUAUGGAAAUUAUGUUGUCCAAGCAGCACUAAAUCUUUCCAAGGGAGCUCUUCAUGUUGCAUUGGUGGAGGCUAUAAGAACAAAUGUUCAUGUGCUCCGAAGUAGCCCAUACGGAAAGAAAGUUCUUUCGAGCAAUGGACUAAAAAAAUGA